AAUUUGCUAAGUUUGAAAAAGAAAUUGUGAGAAAAAUCCAAAACAAAUCCGAUUUACUAGACACCUUAUUUAACUAACCACGACUGCUCCUCUCUUUUCCUUCCCUUCCCUUCCCUUCUCUUCUCUCCACAAAUCUUCGUUUGCUCUCUGGUGCGAUUUUCAGACAAACAAAGCAGUGCACGCAUUUCUGGCCCCGAAUCCAAAUGUUGGCUGUGUUCGAUAAGAACGUCGCCAAGUGCCCGGCGGAGCUCCAGAGCCCUGCCGCCGGGAGUGCCGCCUCCGCUCUCAAAGAUGGGUUCAUGGCCAAGCAUUUCGAGUCCCUUCACCCCGGUUCCGUCAUCGUCAAUCUCGGAUCUUCUGGGUUGAUCGCCUACUCUCUUGCCAAGCAGAACCCUCUCGUCCCUAGGUUAUUCGCGGUGGUGGAUGACAUUUUCUGCCUGUUCCAAGGCCACAUUGAGAAUGUAGCCGUCCUGAAGCAACAGUAUGGGCUAAACAAAGCUGCAAACGAGGUUAUCAUCGUCAUUGAAGCUUACAGGACUCUCAGAGACCGUGGGCCGUACCCUCCCGAUCAAGUCAUCAGAGACAUCCAGGGCAAGUUUGCUUUCGUGCUCUACGACAGCGCUGCCAAAGCCACGAUGUUCGCUUCUGAUGCUGAUGGAAGUGUACCCUUCUUCUGGGGAACUGAUUCUGAUGGCCAUCUUGUUCUUUCUGACGACACCGAAGUUGUGCAGAAGGUUUGUGGUAAAUCUUUUGCGCCAUUCCCCAAAGGAUGCUUCUUUACCACUUCUGGAGGGUUGAGGAGCUUCGAGCACCCGCUGAACGAGUUGAAGCCAAUCCCAAGAAUCGACAGCUCAGGCCAGGUCUGCGGGUCGAACUUCAAGGUGGAUGCCGAUGCUAAGAAGGAGAGCAGUGGCAUGCCCAGAGUCGGAAGCUCGUACAACUGGUCCGAGCACUACUGAGCACCAGCCGCCGAGUUAUAAACCCCCCCAAUCGGCGAGGCUUUUCUUAUUAACAGGCCUUCUUCCCCCAUUGGCUUUGACAACUAUCAUCUUGUUUGAAUUUUUUGCUUUGUUCUAAGAUGUUGCAACCUUUGUACUACUGGUAUUUAGUAUCUGGAGAGCUGCUGUACAUGUUGCUCAGUAUCGAAACUCGACAAAAGGGGGAUUCCUGCUCCUGCUGAAUGAAUAUAUCAUCAUGAAAUAAGAAUGUAUUUCCCUGUACAUGGGAUUUGCCAAC